CUUGCACGCACACAUAAGGGAAAGGGAAAGGGAAACUGGAACUGGAUCGGAUUCCUCUUUCCCAUCCAUGAAUGCUCUCACUUCUUUUUAACCAACAAACUUCCCGUCGUAUCUCACAUGGGAAAGCUCCUCCGAUCUGCCUCACUUCUUCUCAACCUUUGUUCGAGAACAUCCUUAGAACCCUCCCAAAUCCCCCUCCGCUACCUCUUCAUCCCAUUUCCCGUCGCUAUAUACAUAGACCCUGGAUGUGUUUAACUAGGCCCAAUCUAGCUUGAGCUUACCUGUGCGCGCAUACACAAACGCACAUAAUUAUACUUUGCCGAAUAAUACAACCAUCCCACCUUCACCCGUCUCGUCGCGUCCUUCGAACUCGUCCCAAUCUUAGCUACCGCCCGCCAAAGCCUUGUCUAUCUUCGGGGCAUGCUUGAUUAAGCACGAAUCCGCAUCAACCACAUAGUUAGCGGCAUAGUUCGCGGCAUAGUUCGCCCACACUUUGAAAGGUCCAUUCCACUGCUGCUUGCCCUUGCUACAGCGGUGUGAGCUUCACAUUUUCAUAAGAAUUGAUCAGCGUACGAAAGACGCUUGGAUACCACAACAGCUUUGGCAGUUUAAAUAGAAAUUGAACUUUCAUUCCUCAUCUUCCGCGCCCUCCCACACACGUCAAAAGACAAAAUGCACGCUCGAGACGCCACCGGCCGUCAGGUCUCGCUUCUAAACGAUGAUCCAUACGCCAGUCACCAGUCAUACCAAACUGCUCCCCACUAUCAAUCCGCCGGCGACCAAUCGCCGCCACCCCACACUCCAGAGCUUCUUCGUUCAGAUUCUUACGAUUCUAACGCCAGCUACGACGCUUUCUCCCCAUUGACGCCUGGUCUAUAUGACUACACCUCGAGGCAGCUUUAUGAUGAUUAUCUUCCUGAUCAGCAGGCUGGCAUGAAGCGACCUGUCUACGUCGCAACGAGCCGCUCAAACUCGUACGAGGAUGAUAGCUCCGCUAGCUCGGCGGCGCCUGAGAAGGCUGGCAAGCGCUACCCCUGCCGGUACCGCGACAGCCAUGGUUGUGAGAAGACGUUCACAACUUCGGGUCAUGCUUCUCGUCACUCUAAAAUUCACACUGCCGAGAAGGCUGUUCAAUGCACAUACCCUGGAUGCCACAAGAAAUUCACUCGCGCAGACAACAUGAAACAACACCUCGAAACUCACUUCAAGGACAAGUCAAGGUCUUCGACCUCGUCCAAAUCUAAGAGCUCGUCACUGUCUUCAUCUUCUAAGAGGGGCUCAGUAUCCUCCAAAUCAUCAUCCCAUGGCAACGGACCUUCCCACGAGGUGCAGAUGUGGGAAUCCGAACAAUAUGGUUCCGACGCUCAGCCACCACUUGCAUCCCCUGGCGGCGCCUGGGAUAUGCGCGGCCUUAACAUCCCUUUGAUGAGCCGGCCAAGCGCGGUGAGAACCAGCAGCGGAUUAGACGCCCUUGCAGCGAUUGCAUGCCAGGAAGGUGCCUAGGAUUUCCUUCGUUACAUGUUCUCCUACUUUCUGACGCCGGCACGGAACCGAGCGGUACCCGAUUGAGUAAUGACGGGGUAAUGGAUGGGUACGGCUCUCCCUGUAUGUUUACAGGGAUAGAUACGACUUGGAUUUGUUUUGAACACGGCGUUUGGGUAUAUUCAGGAUCAUACUCACGGACUAUACUAUUGAUACCAGGGUGGCAAGCAUACGAUGGCGCACCUCAUUAUUUUUGCAUAUUCCAUUCCAAAGAACGGCCGGGAAAAGCACUUAAGGAGCAUAAGUGCUUCUCUCGCUUCUCUGCGCCUGUGGCGCGAUUGCCAGGGCUGGCCUGCUCGUCGCCCUCGAUUCUUACUUUGGAAGAAAAAAAGGUUGUAGCAGAUGUACAGGCGUCAGUCAUGGCGAGUGCAUGUUUGUGCUUGCAUAUACGAGCUGAUUAUCAGGCGCACGGGAUUCGCGCCGCGGACCUCGUCAGCAAAGGUCCUAUUGCCGAAAGGGGUGGCAUUUUUUAUCUGCUUGAACACCUAUAUAUACAUGACGCUGGGUUAGGCUUUAGAUACCAACGUCCGCCCAGACAGAAAAGGGGGCGGAUGGCAUACGAAAAUGAGAAGCAAUGUUUAAUGAUAAAACUCCAAUAUUCUCCCAUCUACAAUUUACCUAAACUUGCAUAGUACAUUUUGAACAUAUGAAGUGCCG